UCCUUUUUCACCAUCGGCCAAAUUAGACCGACCGAUACCGUCGCUCUACCAUCACUCUUCAGUCCAACCGCAAUUAACAGUAGAGUAGACUCCUGUUAAUAAAUAAAUAAAAAAAAAUCAUGUCCGCACCAGUAAUUUACCAAUUGGGUCAUCAACCAAUUAAAGAUCAUACCUUUUCACCUGAUCGUUCAUUCUUAGCCAUUACUAAAGGUAAUGAAGUUGAACUUUAUCAAGUGUCUAGUAGUUUAACAAUUAAACCUAAAUUAUUUACUAUUUUAAAGGGUCAUGAUAAAACAGUUACUUCUGUUGAUAUUUCUCCCGAUGGAACUAGAAUCUUAACUUGUUCUCAAGAUCGUAAUGCUUUAGUAUGGGAAUUUGAUGGUAAUGAUUAUAAACCAACAUUAGUAUUAUUAAGAAUUAAUCGUGCUGCAACAGUUUGUAAAUGGUCACCUGAUGGUCAAAAAUUUGCUGUUGGAUCUUCUGAUAGAGUUAUUGCAGUUUGUUAUUAUGAAGCAGAAAAUGAUUGGUGGGUAUCUAAACAUUUAAAGAAACCUUUAAAAUCAACCAUUACUAGUUUACUGUGGCAUCCAAAUAAUGUCUUAUUAGCAAGUGGAUCUACUGAUGGUCAUGUUAGAGUAUUUAGUGCUUUUAUUAAAGGUAUUGAUGAAAAACCAGAACCAACAGUUUGGGGUUCAAAAUUACCAUUCCAAACUUUAUGUGGAGAUUUUAUUAAUGAAACUGGAGCUUGGGUUCAUGAUGUUUCAUUUACUCCAGAUGGUAAUGCAUUAGGAUUUGUUAGUCAUGAUUCAACCAUUGGUAUUAUUUAUCCAGAAGGUGAAGGAUUAGCUCCAAGAUCUAUAAUUAAUGUUAAGACUCAAUAUUUACCAUUUAAAUCAUUUGUAUUUUUAAGUAAUAAUAAAUUAGUGGUGGGAGGUCACAAUUGUAAUCUCAUUGUCUUUGAAGGAGAUGAAUCAGAAUGGAAAGAAUCUUAUAAAGUUGAAAAACAAAAGGAUUUAAUCAAUGAUAUUCCUGAAAGAAAAGAUAAUGAUGAUGAAGAAGAAAUUUCAUCUCAUCAAGCUUUAAAUAUGUUUAAACAAUUAGAUUUAAAAGGUAGAGUUAAUAAGCCAAGUAAUGGAGCUGAUGGUUCCAAAGCUUUAAGUACUAUCCAUCAAAACACUAUUUCUAGUAUUAGAUUAUUUAGUAAUAAUAAGGUUAGUACUUCAGGUAUUGAUGGGAAAAUUGUUAUCUUUACAGUUUAAUUAGAUUCUACAUUUGAUAAAUAAUUAUGAAUAAAUAUACUCAUAUAUAUUAAAACUAGUUAAAGCAAUAUAUAAUAGGU